AUGAUUAAGACUACUGAAGUAAAUUGGCAGGCUAAUCACUUCAAGAUGGCUGCAGAUGGUAAAAAACAAUUAUCCGAAGAAGCGAAAUGUUUUCUGAAAAAUGUGGAGCAACACGAUUUCAUAAGAGUCUGUGUCCCUGAUUUAAAUGGAUUGCAUCUCAGUAAACUGGUACCUAAACGUUUGGCUGGUAAAAUUGCAUCAGGCGAUUGUGAAUUAUAUUCAGGCUCAAUAACUUUUGGACCGAGAUUUGAAAUGAUUAACAUCCCUGAAAUACUGCAAAGGAAACAUUUAAAUAAUUACCUAAAACCGGAUUUUUCAACUUUCCACCCGUGUAAUUGGGGUGCACAGAGUAGAAUUCUUCAGACACAAACAGGCAUCAAGUGCAAUUCAAGUAGAGAGGAAAAUAAACACAGCUAUAGUGUUUGUUCUGUUAUAUGCGAUUUAGUCUGGCCGGAUAAUCAACCAAUGAUGGCUUAUCCAAGAACUGUUGCUGAUAGACUAGUCAAAGAACUUGAAGACAAAUAUAACUUACGCCUAUAUUCAGCUUUUGAACCAGAAUUUCGAGCUUUUACGAAAGAAUCUGUUGAAGCCUCCUUUUUAAAGCCAAAAUCACAAAAUGUUGCACAGCAUGUAAUUAAACCGCCUGUACCGUACACUACACCGAUUAACAUGUAUCCAACAAGUCUACUGGCUCUCUACGAGGAUUAUUUUGCUGAUGUUGACUAUAAUAUGCAGCUGGCUAGAAUCGAUAUACAAGAUUAUAGUAAUGAAGACGGUGAAGCACUGUUAGAAGCUCCAUUAAUGCCGACCUGGGGAUUAUCAGCCGCUGAUAAUUAUUUCAUAUUUAAGCAAGCCGCGAAAGAAAUCGGCUCAAAGCAUGAUAUGGCAGUUUCAUUUAUGACUAUGCCUUUGUUGAACAGCAGUGCUAGUGGCUGUCAUUAUAAUCACUCCUUGUGGUAUGCUGAUACCCAUCGGAAUGCAUUUUUCGACAGUAAAGAUCCUGAUAAACUAUCCGUGCUGGCUCGUCAUUGGCUUGCAGGUCUCUUAGAGCAUUUACCGGCGUUGACUGCAAUUUCCUGUCCAACUGUCAACUGUUACAGAAGACUUCAUAGGCAUUUAGCUCCUUCACAUGUCAACUGGGAUUUCUACGACAGAUAUAUGUCCAUACGUGUAAAGAGUAUUGAUGAGAAACGCACAUUUAUAGAGAAUCGUGUCCCAUCGUCUGCUGGCUGUUCUUAUCUUAUAAUGGCUGCUACACUGGCCGCUGGAUUAGACGGUUUAGAAAGAAAAUUACAACCGCCACCAACAGGUGUAAGACCUGGCCAAGGUGGUUAUACUGAAAAGGAUGUGAAAUCACUUCCUGCUACUCUACAAGAGGCCUUGAAAAUGCUUAAAGAAGACAGCAUAUUUGUGAAUAAAUUAGGCGUGAAUUUAGUUGACUGGUUUAUCCAGAUUAAAGAACGCGGUGAAUUACAGAGUCUAGGCGAUAUAAACAUAAAAGAUAAUCGUGAAGAAACACUGGCAUAUGAAAGAUAUGAAUACUUUGAUUUUACUUGAAUAACACACUGUGAUUCAGCCAGCGUACAGAUCAAGUGAGCUGUGCAGUGUUGUUGUUUGUGUUGCGUGUGUGUGUGUGGAUUACUUGAUUACUAAUCAACACAUUGAUGUUUUGUUUUUGUUUUUUUAAAAAAAAGCAAAACCUUCUCAUCUUAAAUGUCCAAGUACUACAUACCAUUUUAACAUUU